UACUACUUAUCAUUGAGAGUGUUAUAAAUUAUUCUUUUGUUGAUAUUUCUUUUAAAUUAUUAUGUUUUUAUUUAUAAUACUGUAUUUAAAAUGACUAAAACCAUAGAAGUAUCUGAUGUAACGAAGAUAGAGCGGAUUGGGAUCCACUCUCACAUCACUGGGCUAGGCCUUGAUGAGAAUCUCACUCCUAAAUACCAAAAAGAUGGUCUUGUAGGACAGAUUCAAGCAAGAAGAGCUGCAGGAGUGGUAGUAAAUAUGUUAAAAGAAGGAAAGAUUGGCGGAAGAGCUAUACUACUGGCCGGCCAGCCUGGAAGUGGUAAAACAGCAAUUGCAAUGGCGAUUUCCAAAGCAUUAGGCUCUGACGUCCCAUUUACUCACAUAAAUGCCUCGGAAGUGUAUUCUAUGGAGAUGAGUAAAACUGAAUCUCUUACUCAAGCCUUCAGAAAAUCUAUAGGUCUGAAGGUCAGGGAGGAAUGUGAGGUCAUUGAAGGCGAAGUGACUGAGAUUGAGGUUGACAAGUUCACCAACGCCGCUCCGACUACUUGGGGGACAGCCAGGGACAAAGUCGGGAAAAUGACUGUGAAAACCACGGAUAUGGAGACUUUGUACGACAUCGGCGGGAAACUUAUAGAUGCUCUAAAGCGCGAAAACGUUUCAGUUGGUGACAUUAUUCAAAUCGACAAGAGCUCUGGAAGAGUUACUAAGCUUGGCAGAGCCUACUCCUACUCUCAUGAUUACGAUGCAAUGUCUCCUAACGUUAACUUUAUCCCAUGUCCCUCUGGAGAACUUCAGAAACGGAAAGAAGUUGUUCACACUGUUACCUUACAUGAUGUUGAUGUUAUUAAUUCUAGGUCACAGGGAUUUUUAUCACUUUUUACUGGAGAUACGGGAGAGAUUAAGUCUGAAAUUAGGGACCAAAUUGAUUUAAAAGUGCAGGAAUGGCAAGAUGACGGCAGAGCUGAAUUAAUACAGGGCGUUUUAUUCAUUGACGAAGUUCACAUGUUGGAUAUAGAGUGUUUUUCCUAUCUCUCAAGGGCCUUGGAGGCUGACAAUUGUCCUAUUGUGAUAAUGGCAACAAAUAGAGGAAUAACUAGAAUUAGAGGAACGGACUAUAAAUCACCUCACGGAAUACCGCUUGAUGUCCUUGAUCGGGUUUUAAUUAUUCCUACAUUCCCAUAUCAACCUCAAGAUACUAAACUUAUCAUAACUGAGAGAUGCAAUGAAGAAGAUGUGGAAGUUGAGGAGGAUUCUUUGGAACUUUUAGUGAAAGUUGCAACUGAUGUUUCACUCAGAUACGCACUACAGCUCAUCACUGCCUCAAGUUUAAUAAGGAAACGUAAAGGAGGUGGACCUGUUACUUGUGAUGAUAUUAAAAGGUCAUUUAGCUUAUUUCUCGAUUCUAAACGUAGCACCAAAUACUUGAUUAACUUUCAGCAUGAUUACAUGUUCUCGGAAUUAAAGCCUGAUGAUAAAAUGGAUGAAGAUUAAUUUUAAUAUUAAGCACAUUUUCAUUUUUAUUACACAUUAUACAGUGUACGCAUGACUAGUAUGAUACCCAUAAUGUAAUUAAUGUAAUA